AACUAUUUUGGUAAUGCGCUGGAGGAGUCGGCAUAGAAACACAGCUGCAUCCGGUGGUACUCCACCUCAGAAGUUUGCUGCUUGAAGUGGUUUUCUUCUUAAACUACCUCAGAAAAUGAAACCAGUCACAUCUGACACCUUUACUGCGGGACGUCGUAGCACUUUAUGAGCAGUAAAUCACUAUUUUAUGAUAACUAGCAUCAUAAAAGCAACAGAGAAGAGAGAUAAGUGAUGGAUGUAUGACAGGACAGAAGCUGCAGUAUUUAUUUAACUACACAGUGAACUAUGGUGCCAUUAAAGCGAAGAAAAGUGUUCCCGUCGCAUGCUGGGAACACUGGGACUGACAGCAGUGGAGAAAAAGUCUCCAAGUUCCCUCAAGUUGUUUUAUUCCUGUUGGAGAGAAAGAUGGGAUCCAGUCGAAGAGAUUUUCUCUCUCAGCUCGGUCAGAAGAAAGGAUUUCAGGUGGAGGAGAAGUUCAGUGAAAGUGUCACGCAUCUCAUUUCUGAAAACAACUCGGGCGACGAGGUCAGGACUUGGCUCGACUCACAGGACGGCGGUCGAGGCCGAACAGCUGCUCACCUUCUGGACAUCAGCUGGUACACAGAGAGCAUUCAGGCCGGACGUCCUGUAGAGAUACUGGACAGACAUAAACUACAGGAGCAGCAGACAGAUGAAGCAGAAGUUGUGAUGUUCUCGGUUCCCAGCUACGCCUGUCAGAGAAGAACCACUCUGGACAACCAUAACACCGUCCUCACUGAUGCGUUGUCCCUCCUGGCUGAAAACGCUGAGCUCAAUGAUGAGGAGGGGCGAGGUGUCGCGUUUCGACGGGCCGCCGCCGUGUUGAAGGCUCUCCCUAAAGCGGUGACAGACAUGACGCAGCUCAGAGGGCUGCCCUGUCUCGGAGAACACUCACUGAGAGUCAUCAAGGAUGUUUUGGAGAACGGAGCAUCAAGUGAGGUUGAAUCUACAAAACACUCUGAGCGAUAUAAAGCUCUGAAGCUUUUAACAGGUAUUUUUGGAGUUGGAGCAAAGACAGCGGAUCGGUGGUUCAGAGAGGGGAUACACACUCUCCACCAGUUAAAGGAUUCAGGACAUUCGCUCAAUCGAGCGCAACAAGCAGGUCUCGACCACUACGAUGACCUCAACCAGUCGGUCACUAAAGCAGAGGCCGACACCAUCGGUGAGAUUGUAGAGAGAGCUGUCCUUGCUGUGUUACCAGGGGCACAGAUUACACUAACAGGAGGAUUCAGGAGAGGAAAGCUGACAGGGCAUGAUGUUGACUUCCUGAUAACGCACCCAGAGGAGGGCAGAGAGGAGGGACUGAUGACUAAAGUCGUCUCCUGGUUGGAAUCGCAGGGUUUCCUUUUAUACCAGAAAAUUACAAGAAACUCCUACCUGGAGGCUAAGGAUGGUCCUGCUCGGUCCGCCUCCAACAUGGACCGCUUCGAGAGGUGUUUCUCCAUCUUUAGACUGUCCAAGGUGGAGAAAAAAGGAGCAAAACAACCAGAGACACUGACAGAAAAUGAUGUAAAAACACAUGCACAAGAAAACCUCAAAACACAUUCACAUACCUCGAGUCAGAUCCAGCGUGUGAGCGGUGAAGAGGAGGAUGGAUCAGAGCGGAAACAACCUGCAGGAUUCAGACCGUGGAGGGCUGUGAGAGUGGACCUGGUCGUCUCUCCAAUCAGCCAGUUUGGUUUCGCUCUGCUGGGCUGGACAGGAUCCAAGCUGUUUGAAAGGGAGCUGCGACGCUGGGCAGGACAUGAGAGGGCCAUGUCUCUGAGUAGUCACGCUUUGUACGACAAUAAACAGAGUCGAUACCUGAGAGUGAUGACAGAGGAGGAGAUAUUCGCUCAUCUUGGUCUGGAGUACGUUCCACCGUCAGAGAGAAAUGCAUGAAGACGCUCUUCAGGAAGCAUCAUCUCAGGUUUGUAACCUGGAGUCAGGAGGGUUAAACGUUGUCUCAGCUGUGUUCAGACUGACUUUAGCUCUGCGUGAAAGUACGUAGCCCCCGACGACAUUUAACAUCUAAUCUGUCCUAAUGUGAAACUGCUAAAAACUGUGCAACCUUGACCUUGUUAAACAAAGUUAACAAAAACUGACUGAUAAAUUAAAUAGUUAAAUUUAUAUUAAAAAUGUGUGUUUAAAUAUUAAAAGCUCUAAAAAUGCCCUUUCUCGUUUCAUCUUUGCGUUUAUCUUUUCCCCUAAAAUAUCUUCCACCCAACAGGAACACACACACACACACACACUUCCACACAUGCAGUAUGUACAAGUCGCAAAACAAGUCUGUGUCUGAAAUCACUCCCUCGUUCAUUCAUUUAUUCACUACUUUUAGGGACUUAUAGAGAAGCUUCACUGCCCUGAUUUGUUUGUUUGUUCUUGAAGUCUGUAUCAUAUCUGUGUUUACACUUAGACUAUUCUUCUUCUGCUCCCUUUAUAAUAGACAAUAAAUAGUUUACUAAUAGUGGGCAGCAAAUUGAGAUUUCAGACGCUUGCUAAUCAUCAUUUUGCGUCAUCACUAUCAGCUGUACAGUUGCACAACUGUAAAUUUUCCAUUUGGAAAAUUUUGCAGGAAUUUGGUCAGAAACCAAAGUGUUGCACAAACUGAAAUUUUAACCCGAUGAUGUCAGUAGAGGAAAAGUCAGAGAAUCAACAAAGUUAUUAGAGUUCAUCUUGAGGAGAACAUGAACUUCUGAACCAAACCUCACUGCAAUCCAUCUGACCUCAUGGUGGCGCUAGAGGAAAAGUCAGAGGAUCAGUCAGUAGGAUUUAUCAUCUGGGGAACACGAAUGUUUGAACCAUAUUUCACGGCAAUGCGUCUGAGAGAAAGUGGUGGACAAACAGACAUUAGAAAAGGGUACAAACAGUGCGUUUGACCAUUAAAUGGCUCAGAAUAAAUUAAUAAAAUGUUAAAUUUGUUUUUCAUUUAUUAUCACCUGGAAUUUUGAAAGAUAAUGUAGAUCUCUAAAAGGAUGCAAAGAAGACAUUUGCUCCUAAUCCGAACUGAAAUUAACUGUUAAAGUGUGACAGGAUUAAAUCUGCGGUCAUGUGAAACACGCUUGAAGGAGACCUGAUAAGAGAACUAAAAAGAACAUCAUUUGAUCUAAUCAAACAGCACAAGACAGCUGAACAUGAUAAAAAGUUAGAAUCUGGCAAAAUACACUUUAAAAAGUUCGAAAAGUUUUCACUUUUGUAUGUCUUAUAUACCUUCAGCUUCAGAUACAGUGUAAAAGGAACAAACCUCCCAGCAACACACACCUGUGUAGCAUUGACCUGUAUUCUAUAACGUCCUCUCGGUCUUAUCUAUACAUUUUCUGAGAUGAAAGCCACACAGCUGUGCAGAGCGGAGAUACCACGAGACCUCAGUGAAAAAAACAUUUAAGUGCAGUUACUUAAACACUGAACUCAAGUACCAGGUUGAAGUACUUCACUGUAUUUCCAUAUUAUAGUACUACUGAGUAGGAAUCAUUCAUUAAUUUACUAU